AUGUCCAAGGAAAUUCAUGUUUCGAAGAAAUCUACCAAGAAGGCUAAAGAUCUUAGCCCUUCAUCUUUGGAAGGCUUGGUUAACCAGGUAUUCGAUAAGUCAAAGCAGCUUAACAUGUCUGUUAAGGAGCAGCGCAAACUUGUCCAGGAGUAUCUAAAUGCAAAGAUCGAGGAUAGUGAUGAUGUGGAGGAGGGAUAUGGUAGUGAGUCCGACUCUGAUAGCGAUUGCGAUUCCGAGGACGAUGAAUAUUCCGAUUUCGAAGGAGAUUCCUAUUCUGAAUCGGAGGAGGAAACGGAGGAGAGCAGCGAAGAAUCUGAAUCGGAGUCUAGUGAAGAUGAUGAAGAAGCCCCAACAGUGGCUUCUAAGAUACCUGAACGAAUCGUUAUUAAAACUCGCAGUGAUUACAAAAGUGAUCAAGAUGCCAAGAAGUCGGUGAGUUCUAGCAAGGUAAAAGAAGAAGAACCAGAUGUAAAUCACCUUGAGGCAUAUGUGACUCCAUCCAAAUCCUCUACCCAACCUGCAUCCCGCAUACAGCGUCGAGUAAGCAUGGCCGGUGCCUUGGCUGCCCCUUCAGCAAGCAAUUCCUUGGCUAAUACUGAAGGAAAUCCAAAGCCUUCCAAAUCAGAAAAGGCCUAGACCACUUCGAUAGCAAAUGACGUGAAAGCAGGCAAGUCUGGAAAUACAAGAA